UUACAGGAAACAUUUAAAAAAAUUAAAGAAAAAAAAUAUAUAAAUGUGGUACAUGUUGUACAACAAUCAGUGUCCAUUUUUAGGACUUACCAGCCACUGACUGACUGCAGCAACACACUCAUGCCUUGAGGCAAGAGUUACAAUUGUUACAGCUGCCACUGUCACUGCUCAAGACAGCACAGAACCACCCCAUGCUGGUGGAGCUGAAGAAUGGAGAGACCUACAACGGCAACCUUGUCUCCUGUGACAACUGGAUGAACAUCAACCUCAAGGAUGUUAUCUGCACCUCAAGGGAUGGCGACAAGUUCUGGCGGAUGCCUGAGUGUUACAUCCGUGGCUCAACCAUCAAGUACCUGCGGCUGCCUGAUGAAGUGAUUGACCUGGUGAAGGAGGAGGUGGUGGCACGGGGCCGGGGUCGGGGCGAGAACAGGGGCCGUGGGGGUCCUGGCCGGGGACGGGGUGGCCCAGGCAGAGGAGGCUUUGGGGGCCGUGGGCGUGGCGGUCCCCCUGGGGGUGGAGGCCGAGGUGGGCCAGGCCGAGGUGGCAUCAAGAAAAAGGAAGGGUUUAAGUAACGGCUUGGUAAAAUAUUAUUUAUUUUCAUGUAUGAAGCGAGUAUGUAUUGCAUGACUGUUGUCUUCUUUGACAACCUUUCCUACCAACACAUUUGUAUUUCUAAAUGAAAUGCAUGAAGUACAAACACCUGUGAACCAAUGUGGGUUUGGUUAAUGAUGAUUAUGGACAAAUGAUCUGUUUCUACAAUCACCACACUUAAGAAAUUAACAUUUGCAAAGUCAAAUGAUAUUGGCUAAUAUGAUAACAUGAAUUACUUUUUGUAAAAUUGUUUUAAUUUUACUCGAGAAAAUACUUUAUGCAUCACAGAUGUUCAAUGAUUUGAGACUUUCUAAGUUUAUAAGUAAAUAUGGAAAGCACUCUUUGUUUCACUUUGGGUUAUUACAAUCCAUACUGUUUACAAAACCAA